GAUGCCAGGAUACUGACAGAUGCAUUUUCCGCUUUCUGUGGGGUUUCGGCUCUCGUCGUCGCCUCGGUGAAAGUCUACCUGGGCCGGAGACUGGACAGUCGGGCACUGCUGACAGACAGUAUCAUUACGUACGUGGGAGCCGUCAUGAGCUUUCUGGGGGUGCUGGGUCUUGAGCUGUACGAGAGCAACGACCGGGUCUGGUACCUGGACGCUGUCUUCGGUAUCUGUUGCGGGGUCUUCCUCCUUUGCUUCGGUCUCAAGUUACUUAUACAGCUGACCUGUCUGUAUAACGUCAGUAAAGAAGAUCCGAUGUUGGAGGACGAAGAGUGA